UCCGCCCACUGAGCGUCCGCCGCUGCAGUGUGUCUUCUCUUCUCAACACCAUAACACCCAUCUUUCUGCUCCGUCUGCAGGACGACACCGACAAACCAGCGGACAGCAGAGCAUGCCUUUACCUGUGCAGGUGUUUAACUUCCAGGGGUCUGUGGAGCCAAUGCAGAUCGACGCAGACCCCCAGGAGGACCAGCAGAAUGCUCCGGACACCAACUACAUUGUGGAGAACCCGACACUGGACCUGGAACAGUACGCCACCAGCUACAGCGGCCUGAUGCGCAUCGAGAGGCUGCAGUUCAUCGCCGAGCACUGCCCUCAGCUGCGGGUGGAGGCGCUGAAGAUGGCCCUCACCUUCGUCCAGAGGACCUUCAACGUGGACACCUAUGAGGAGAUCCACCGCAAACUCACAGAGGCCACCAGGGAGGUGCAGGGUGUGCCCGACACGGUGCCUGAGGGCGGCGUGGUCCCUCCCCCUCUGGACUCGGCCUGGGCCGAAUCCACCAGGAAGAAGGCUCUGCUCAAGCUGGAGAAGCUGGACACCGAUCUGAAAAACUACAAAGGCAACUCCAUCAAAGAGAGCAUCAGGAGAGGCCAUGACGACCUGGGAGACCACUACCUGGACUGUGGAGACCUCAGCAACGCCCUCAAGUGCUACUCCCGCGCCCGAGAUUACUGCACCAGUGCCAAGCACGUCAUCAACAUGUGUCUGAACGUCAUCAAGGUCAGCGUCUACCUCCAGAACUGGUCACACGUGCUGAGCUACGUCAACAAGGCGGAAUCCACUCCAGAAAUAGCAGAGCAAAGAGGAGAGCGGGACAGCCAGAACCAAGCCGUCCUCACCAAGUUAAAGUGUGCUGCAGGUCUGGCAGAGCUGGCCUCCAGAAAAUACAAACCCGCUGCCAAGUGCUUCCUGCAGGCGUCCUUCGACCACUGCGACUGUCCAGAGCUGCUGUCUCCCAGCAACGUGGCCGUGUACGGCGGCCUGUGCGCUCUGGCCACGUUCGACAGGCAGGAGCUCCAGAGGAACGUCAUCUCCAGCAGCUCCUUCAAGUUGUUUCUAGAGUUGGAACCUCAGAUCCGAGACAUCAUCUUCAAGUUCUACGAGUCCAAGUACGCGUCGUGCCUCAAGCUGCUGGACGAGAUGAAGGAUAACCUCCUGUUGGACAUGUACCUGGCGCCGCACGUCAAGACCCUGUACAGCCAGAUCAGGAACCGAGCGCUCAUUCAGUAUUUCAGCCCCUACGUGUCGGCGGACAUGACGAAGAUGGCUCAGGCCUUCAACACCACGGUGGCGGCUCUGGAGGACGAACUGACCCAGCUCAUCCUGGAAGGACUCAUCAACGCACGCAUCGACUCCCACAGCAAGAUCCUGUACGCCCGGGACGUGGACCAGCGCAGCACCACCUUCGAGAAGUCGCUGCACAUGGGCAAAGAGUUCCAGAGACGAGCCAAAGCCAUGAUCCUCCGGGCCGCCGUGCUGCGCAACCAGAUUCACGUCAAGUCUCCACCCAGGGAAGGCAGCCAGGGCGAGCUGACGCCCGCCAACAGCCAGACCAGGAUGAGCACCAACAUGUGAGGAGAGCUCCACCACGCCCCCACCACACACACACACACACACACACACACACACCAUGUACAGGACUGCAUCGUGCCGGGAACCCUCAGCGUGAGGACGCCAGAGCUCAGCAGCUGAGCUGCAGUUACUGUCCGGAUGCUGAUUGGUUGACGCUACUUUCACUCACAGGAGGGUUUCAGUAAUAAAAUCAAAACCUCAACAGCA